ACUUUCCAAGAAUAAUAAAUGAUAUAUUCUUGGAAUUAAUCCAAAGCCAUGAAAAUCCUCCACCAUCCAGUAGAAGGUAGCAAAGUUGUGCAUGCGAUGCAUCCACUCUUCUCCGCCUCUAGUUUACCCCCCUCUUUUCCCUCUCUCAUGUAUACACCAAUUAAUCCUAUUCUCUCUCUCUGAUGAUCUCCCGGCUCUGGCCUAGCUAAGACCAUCCAAUCCAAUCUCUCUAGCUAGCUAAUAAUAAUUAUUCUCAUAGCUCCCCGAGGGCCUUCUCUAUUCCCACUCCCCGCGGCCGCCAAGGCCACCCCUUUCCCAGCGCCCAUCGUCACUACCUAUCGUACGACGACGUAUAAUCUAGUACUAAAUGGGGAACUGCUGCUCCGGCGAAGCCUCUCAGGAAUCCAAUAACAACAACAAUGCGGCCGAGGAGGGAACGACCUCCCAAGGGGGCGGCGGGCACAGCUCGUGGGUGCAUAACAACAGCAGCAACCGGCCGAACCCGACGUCGAACAAGAUCAUGACGACGCCGCCCCAGCACGGGGCGUCGCCGGGGCAGGGGAAGGGGACAGCGAUCGGGCCGGUGCUGGGGCGGCCGAUGAGCGACGUGCGGACGGGGUACACGAUCGGGAAGGAGCUUGGGCGGGGGCAGUUCGGGGUGACGCACUUGUGCACGGACAAGCAGACGGGGGAGCAGCUGGCGUGCAAGACGAUCGCGAAGCGGAAGCUGGUGAACAAGGAGGACAUCGAGGACGUGCGGCGGGAGGUGCAGAUCAUGCACCACCUCACCGGCCAGCCCAACGUCGUGCAGCUCAAAGGCGCCUACGAGGACAAGCAUUCGGUGCACCUGGUCAUGGAGCUCUGCGCCGGCGGCGAGCUCUUCGACCGCAUCAUCGCCAAGGGACACUACACCGAGCGCGCCGCCGCCUCCCUCCUCCGCACCAUCGUCCAGAUCGUCCACACAUGCCACUCCAUGGGCGUCAUCCACCGCGACCUCAAGCCCGAAAACUUCCUCCUCCUCAGCAAAGACGAAGAUGCCCCUCUCAAGGCCACCGAUUUCGGCCUCUCCGUCUUCUACAAGCAAGGAGAUGUGUUCAAGGACAUAGUGGGAAGCGCGUAUUACAUAGCACCGGAAGUGCUGAAGAGGAACUACGGACCGGAGGUUGACAUAUGGAGCAUAGGCGUGAUGUUGUACAUUCUUCUAUGCGGCGUCCCGCCCUUCUGGGCCGAGUCCGAGAACGGAAUAUUCAACGCCAUCUUGCGUGGUCAUGUCGACUUCUCCAGCGACCCCUGGCCCUCCAUUUCCCCCGGAGCAAAGGACCUCGUCAAGAAAAUGCUCAACCCCGACCCCAAGCAAAGGCUCACCGCUUUCCAAGUCCUUAAUCACGGGUGGAUAAAGGAGGACGGGGAGGCGCCGGACACGCCGUUGGACAACGCGGUGCUGGAGAGGUUGAAGCAGUUCAGGGCGAUGAACAAGUUCAAGAAAGUGGCGCUGAGAGUGAUAGCGGGGUGCCUCUCGGAGGAGGAGAUCAUGGGGCUGAAGGAGAUGUUCAAGUCCAUGGACACCGACGGGAGUGGCACUAUUACCCUCGAGGAAUUGAAGCAAGGCCUCGCCAAGCAAGGCACCAAACUCUCUGAAUAUGAAGUCAAACAACUCAUGGAAGCUGCUGAUGCAGAUGGGAAUGGGACAAUAGACUAUGAAGAGUUCAUCACAGCAACAAUGCACAUGAACAGAAUGGACAGAGAAGAGCAUCUCUACACCGCAUUCCAAUACUUUGACAAGGACAACAGUGGAUACAUUACGAUUGAGGAGUUGGAGCAAGCUCUAAGAGAAUUUGGCAUGAAUGAUGGAAAGGAUAUCAAAGAAAUCAUCUCUGAAGUCGAUGGGGAUAAUGAUGGUCGGAUCAAUUACGACGAGUUUGCAGCCAUGAUGAAGAAAGGAAGUCCAGAUGCGGCCGCAAACCCUAAGAAACGAAGAGACGUGUCCUUCGCCUCGUCGUAAAAUCUACUCAAUACAAAAAAAUGUGUCCAUUGUUAUUUGCAUGUAUACAAGUGCUGUAUGUACUACGGAGUAAUUAGGUUUGGUACUAUAUAUACGUUUGACAGCAAGAGCUACCUUAUCAAUGUAUAGAAUGAACAUUACCAAAGUCG